AGACUGAAUCCGUGGUCACAUGCACAUACUCAGUUUGGUGUGUAUUGCUAGAGAGGUGUUUUUUUCUUCUGAGGGUGCAUGUGAUCAAAAAAGGGCCAAUCAGCACUGUCCAGGCAGAGGGUCAGAGGUUUCAUUGCUCUAACUGCUGAUGAGAAAAGGUAUUUAGCAGUUUGUAUUUACUAAAAUAUUUGCACUUCCAUGUUCUGUGUGCUGUGGGAGACCAGAUAUAAUGAAUGCAGGGUCCUGGGAGACCAGAUAUAG